AUGAAAACCGGAGAAGAUCGAUCUGUAGCAGUACGCCGCUACAACAUAGAAGAGUCUCUGGAGAAAAAAAACUAUCCCUUGCAUCCAGAAGAACUUGAACAAGGAACAAGUUCAUUUAGUGAAACCAACUUGCUUGGAGGAGGUGGUUUUGGUUCUGUAUUCGAAGCAACACUUUUUGAUGGGUUAAAAGUUGCAGUAAAAGUAUUCCACUUGGAACUGCAAGGAGCAUCAAGGAGCUUUGAAGUGGAAACUGCUAUAUUAAGAAACAUUCGACAUAGAAACUUGGUUCGAGUUAUUGGAUGUUGUUGUAAUAUGGAGUUUAAAGCAUUGAUUCUGGCAUACAUGCCAAAUAGGAGCUUGGAUAAAUGGUUACAUUCCGAUAAUUGUGGUUUGGAUCUUAUUCAGAGACUUAAAAUAGCAGUAGAUGUUGCGGCCGCCUUGGAAUAUCUUCACCAUGGUCUUACAUCCCUAGUUGUUCAUUGUGAUAUAAAGCCAAGUAAUGUGUUGCUUGAUCAAGACAUGGUAGCUCAUCUUGCUGAUUUUGGAAUUUCAAAGCUUUUUGAUGGAGGGGAAACAACUAUUCAAACACAAACAAUGACAACUGUUGGCUACGCAGCACCAGAGUUUGGAAUGGAUGGCAAAGUGUCAAUAAAAGGGGAUGUAUACAGUUUUGGGAUAUUGCUGCUAGAGAUGUUCACUGGAAAGAAGCCAACGGAUGAUAUGUUCGGUGAAGAAAUGAGUUUAAAAGAGUGGGUAAGUGAAGCAUUGGAGCAAAAUAUAGCAACUGAAAUCAUGUCGUCCGCUCUGUUAUCAAUGGAAGAUCAACAUCACUCUGCAAAGGAGCAAUGUUUGUUGUCAAUAUUUCAAUUGGCAAUGAAAUGUUUAGCCGUUUCAGCAGAUGAAAGAGUCAACAUGACUGAAGCAGCAACUACUUUACACAAUAUCUAUGAAACAAUUGUAGCAGGUACAAAAAGUCACAAUCUUCAUUAG